CCCGAGCCGCGGUGCCCAGAGCUGCGAUCCGCGCGCCCGGCUCCGCCGCCGCCCUGGACCGGGCCGCCAUGUCUCUGUGGAAGAGAACCAUCUACAAGAGUGUGUGCCUGUCGCUGGCCCUGCUUGUGGCUGUAACAGUAUUCCAGCGCAGUCUGACCCCCAGCCAGUUUCUGCAGGAGCCCCUGCUACCCACCCUCGGGUUACAGAAGGCCCAGAAACCAAGCGGACACCUGGUGAACCCUGACAGCUUCUGGAAGAACCUGAAGGAUGCGGUCACCCUCACACCCAUGGUUUCACGGGGGCCCCAGGCCUGGGAUGUGACCACCACUAACUGCUCAGCCAAUGUAAACUUGACCCACCAGCCCUGGUUCCAGGGCCUGGAGCCACACUUCCAGCAGUUUCUGUUCUAUCGCCACUGCCGAUACUUCCCCAUGCUGCUGAACCAUCCAGAGAAGUGCAGCGGCGACGUCUAUCUCCUGGUGGUUGUCAAGUCCGUCAUCACACAGCACGACCGCCGCGAGGCCAUCCGCCAGACCUGGGGCCGCGAGCAGGAGUCGGCGGGCCGGGGCCGCGGCGCCGUGCACACCCUCUUCCUGCUGGGUACAGCCUCCAAGCAGGAGGAGAGGGCCCACUACCAGCAGCUGCUGGCCUACGAGGACCGCAUCUAUGGGGACAUCCUGCAGUGGGACUUUCUUGACAGCUUCUUCAACCUGACCCUCAAGGAGAUCCACUUCCUCAAGUGGCUUGACAUCUACUGCCCCGACGUACGCUUCAUCUUCAAGGGCGACGAUGACGUCUUCGUCAACCCCACCAACCUGCUGGAAUUUCUGGCUGACCGGCGGCCCCAGGAAGACCUGUUUGUGGGUGACGUCCUUCAGCACGCUCGGCCCAUCCGCAGGAAGGAUAACAAAUACUACAUCCCCGGGGCCCUGUACAGCCAGGCCAGCUACCCGCCGUACGCAGGCGGAGGGGGCUUCCUUAUGGCCGGGGGCCUGGCCCGGCGCCUGCACCACGCUUGCGACACCCUGGAGCUUUACCCCAUCGACGACGUCUUCCUGGGCAUGUGCCUGGAGGUGCUGGGUGUGCGGCCCACGGCCCACGAGGGCUUCAAGACGUUUGGCAUCUCGCGGAACCGCAACAGCCGCAUGAACAAGGAGCCCUGCUUCUUCCGCUCCAUGCUCGUCGUGCACAAGCUGCUGCCCACCGAGCUGCUUGCCAUGUGGGGUCUGGUGCACGGCAACCUCACUUGCUCCCGCAAGCUCCAGGUGCUCUGACACCGGGCGGGCCGCCAGGGUAGGCUAGGGCGUGUGCCCUCGAGCCCCGGAAGGCAUGAGGCUGCAAGUGCGAGGCCAGGGCACAGCCUUUGGUCUCCGCAGGGAGGCGGAGGGGUGGGCCUUACGUGUCCCCAGGUGUGGUGGGGUGCAGGUAGCCAGAGCUGAGGCCCGGGAACGUUUGGAACUGCCCGGACUGGAGACAGUCCUCUGGGGAGCGAGGCCACUGGCCCGGGGCAGCCCUCCUAACCUGGGUCUGUGGCCUGGCUCCCUCUGACCCGGUGGGAGGCCCUGGUGGCCUCUGGAGGAACCCUGUGCUCAGGUACCUGGGCUGGACCUGCCCCUGGAUGGGUCUGCGGCUGCCCUCUCACCUUCACGGAGAGGAUUCUCCUUCUCCUGUGAAAUGCCUCAGUCUCCCCACGGGCCCAGGCAGCCCUUCAGGAGAAGCUGAGCCCUGUGCAAGCACACAGGCCCUCUCACGCCCCUGGGUCUCCUGGAGACUGAGCCGCAGAAGGCCCUCAGCACACCCCCGCCCCCUGACCUACCUGGGGUCUGGCUGCCCAGUCUACUCCCAGUUGGCUUCACUCCUAGCUGCGUCCUGUGAUGCUCCCUACGGCUCCCGUCUGUCUGGAAGCAUGACCGGCCACUCUGACUACCUCAGCGAUUCUCAGAACCUCUGGAUGGGCUGCAGCCCCACCUCACCCCCUGACGCAGGGCCAAAGAGCAGAGCUCCGGCCCCGGCAGUCACGGUGCUGCCCACCCAGCCCAAGCCGAGGGCCCUCCUGCAGCCCCGUGAGGCCUGGCUCCCCAGCCGGAAACCAGCCGGUUCGACCCUGGAAGUGGACAUUCCUUUACUAAUGUGAAGUUUUAUUUAUGAAGAAUUUGGAGGGAGAAGGUGCCAGGCCUCGGGAGAAGGUGGUGUUCUUCCCUCCACUUCCCUCAUUUCAGCAAGACACGACCUGCCUCGGCCACUCUUCCACCCACAGCCACAACCCUGCCCCGGCACCCCCGUGCCCGUCCCAGCCCCGCUCCAGAACCCUGCCCGACCUGCACGCCUACUUCUGCAGGGCCUAAGCAGACCAGCAUUCGCCCCUGUGAAGGGACGGCGUGGCCCUCGUGAGCCGCCCCACUCAGGUUCAGGGGUCCCUGGGGCUGGCUGCAGAAGGAUGCCACCUCGUAUCAGGAUCGAAUCACCUGGGAAAAGAUUGAGGGGUCGACUCUAUUUUCUCAAUAAAAGGGGACUGAUUUUC